UUACAUAGGAAGUACAAUUUUCAUGUUUUGUAUAUUGCAGCUGUGUCACGUGAGUGAUCACGACCUGAUUGGCCUUAAAAAAUAAAAGUCAAGAAAACCGUGAUUUCGGCAGGAUCGCUGAAGUUGACUUGUCGCCAUGGGGAUCGGCAACAUUCUCAUGCUGUUCCAGGUGACGACCUAUCUCCUGUGCACCAUUUUCUCCUUCUUUGUGUUUGCGCCCAUGGCCGUCAACAAAAAUGGAGACUUCUUGGGGAACUGCCUGCUGUUUGCGACUGGCAGCAUAGUUCAAGAACAAAUAGUAAUCAGUUCCUGGGGCCCGGCUGGCGGCUGUAAUUUUGCCAUUGCUGUCGGCGUGUUUGCCAUGCUGGUGUCCAUUGCCCAGCUCGUCAGGUUGUCCUUUCACGUUUACUACGAGACGGAUAGUUCAUUUCUCGGUGCGUUUGUGACACUCAUCAUCAAUGCCGUCAUGACAAUCAUGGUAUUUGCCUCAGCGAUCAACGUAACGCGAGGUUACAGUGUUUGGUGUCAGCUUAUCAACCAAGUAUCUGGUUGCUCAGUGGCUGGGAUUAUUCCGGAGAUUUGGACGCUCGUAGUGUACAACUCUGGCCCCAAUUUUAAACCCGACAACUACGCUGUGGAGAUUGGCAUGGUGAUGUUCGGUCUGUGGACGGAGUUGCUGCUGUGGAUCGUCAUCUGCAUCUACUCUGUAGUCAAGCUGGUCAAGUAUCACCAGCAGGAGCACAUCUUCCGCAGCCUGGGCAGGGAACGGGAGAGACUUAUCGGCAGAUACACUCAGCCAGACUUCUAAGACAGGUUUGUCUUGUCAGACUGCGCACACAUGAUAUGAGACAGUUCUAAGGAUGGGACUUUUGCGUUUAAUGUCGUAAACGUUUAGCAAAUCUAUUAAGCAGCGUUUAAACGUUUAGCCACUUCAGAAAGGCUGCUGCCUGCCCCAGUAUAUAAAUGUUUGCACUUGAGCAUGUUAGUAUACUUGAAUAUACAUUACCGACCUCCAAUCUACAAAAGGUUUGUAAUGGACUGUAUUUUUAACUUUGGACAUAAAAUUGGUUGAAAGACAUCCUCUAUGUUUUUGAUGAAAUGCAUGUAUUAGUUGGAGGGCAGAUAGAGUGAAAUUAUGUCACUUCUUAUAAAGUGGGUGUUGUUUAAACAUUUUGAAAAGAACUUGGAAUUUUUAUCGUACAACAAACGUUUAAACGUGUAGACGUCACAUCUCUAGACAAUUCCCUCAGCAGUGUAGCGAAUCAAUAGCAAGGCAAUCACAAGUCAAUCACAAGUCAAUCAC